AUGGACGACGAUGACAGCGCUCAUGUGUCGCUUGGCGAGGUGAAAUCGGAAGAUUUCCACCGCAAUCGAUAAGAAUUUGGUUUUAGAAUUUUCACGAAAAGUCGACGAUAAGAAUUCGGAGCGAAUCGGUUUCCGAGUCGGUAAAAUCGGCGGAAACUCAAAAUUCAGUCCAAGAAGAAGAAGAAGAAGAAUCGGAGCCGAGAGACACGAGACACUAUGUGUUCUUCAUUUUCAUGAUGUUCGGGUUCGGAUCGCUGCUCCCCUGGAACAUGUUUCUCAAUAUUUCGUUCGAUGUAACUAUAGUCACCGGUUUGAACGUCGCUUUUCUCAAAUUCGGACGUUUCAGUACUACACAAUGUUCAAACUGCGGGAAGCGCACGGAAACGCCACGUGGUUUUCGUCAAACUUUCAGAAUUCGAUGACGGUUUCGGCGCAGAUUCCGAGUUUGGCGCUCAACGUCGCCAGCAUCUUUUUCACCGCAAAGUUGGUCAAUUUCCCCCCGCGCGGGCACGGCGACCAAAAACGUAGAAAGGGGCGUGGCCUAGCGUGCACGGUUUAUCACCAUUUUGGCGCGAAAUUCGAAAUUUAACCGCAUUUUUCAUGUUUUUCGUCAAAAAUUAAACAAAUUUUGUGUGAUUUCGACGAUGCGAUUGCACAACUUUGUUAAACUAAUCAUCGCGCGCACUUUUUGAGCCAAAAACGAGCAGGUUUCAUUCAGAAAUGAAUCAAUUGAAUCGAUUUUCAAGUUUUGUGCUGAAAAUGCGCGAAUUUCAGUCAUUCGCCGACACUUUUUGCCGUUUGAACGCUUAAAAUACUUGUAUUAACGUGCUUAAUCACUUCCGAAACACUCACUUCGUCUCAAAACUAUCCACAUCGGCCGGUAUGAAAAUUCCGAAAUUGCGGCGACGAUUGGCCGCGGAGAGCGUAUUGCGAAAUACGCCAAAAACGUCUCAAACGCGGCGUUUUCACGAAAAUUUCGCAGUUUUCUCUCUUUAAUGUCUUCUUUCGUCGAUAUCAAACACACAAAUAUCGGAAUGUGCUGGAAUUGCGGCAAUUUUCAGAAAACGCGUCUCAGAUUAGGCCACGCCCCUUUCUACACUUUUGGUCGCCGUGGCGGGCCCCGGUGAAUUCGACGAUAAUAUUCGCUUCAAGGGGCGAUCUGACACGUCGUAUGAGAGUGUGUCUUCUGAUCGUCGAGUCGAUGGUUCUGCUGACGAUCGGCUUCAUCUACAUCGAUACCGGCAAUUGUGAGCGGAGCCGCCGGCAACGCACAAUAGUCAAUAGCAAUGAUUUCCAGGGAUCGGCACCUUUUUCGUGCUCACCAUCGUCUCGAUUGUCGUGUUGAACGCGGCGAACGGAAUGUUUCAGAAUAGGUGGCGAUGGGAGAACCACACACUUUUUGAGGAGGCCUGAGCACACUCCAUCUUUUCAGCAUGUUCGGACUGGCGUCGCCGUUUCCGUUCAAGUACACGAAUGCGGUGAUCAUUGGCCAAAAUUUUUGCGGAACCGCCGUCACCGCUCUCGCCAUUUUCAGCAAGACUGGUGAGCACGGGGCUUGGAUUGGCGUAUCUUGGGGCCUAGUUUUCUAUCGUUAUAUCUCCGGACCGCAAAUGGCGUUUUCAUGGAAUGAGCAGGUUUUCUCUGAUUUUUGUGGCCAAAGGCGAUGAAAAAUGAUUGUUCGGCAUGACAACACACUAAUUCUCACAGAAUUAAUGACGUUUUGGCGCAUUUUUCGCGGACUUUGCUUUAUCGCCUUCGCCGCCGAUCGCCGCCUAAAAAGCGCACUUCUCAUUUUGCGCUUUCUUGACCGUUUUCAGACAGAAUUGGUUUUGAGAAUGAUAAAUCACGUAAAUACAAGCAUUUUGAGCGCUCGAACCGCUAAAUUUACCGGAAAGCAACUGAAAUUCACGCAGUUUUAGCGAAAAACCUUCAAAAGGAUAAAUGUGAUUUGCGACUUGACCAAAUUUAACGCUCUUGCGCUUAAAAAAUUCGUAAUAGCCUAUACAAUCGGUCUAUCGAGAGAAAAAUGAGAAAUUAUCGGUUUUUCGUGACUAAUCUGGCAAAAAACACAAAUUCUGCUGUUAAAAUUUGAAUUUCGCGCCAAUGUAUCGCUCUAUUGGGCGGGGCGCACUUGCGUCCAUUGUCAGCUCUGGAGACCGUGGACCGGAUAAUCAUCCGAUCGAGCUGAGACUUGGACCAAAAAGUGUGCAAAGUUUGGGCUCCAGCGAAUAAUUGCAAGUGGCUCAAAAUCCGAUUUUUGCAGUGGAAGGCGACAUUCAGAUGCAGGCGACACUCUUCUUUUCGCUGUCCUCCGUCGCCAUCGUCACCUGCUUCAUUCUCCUCAUUCUCAUCAAAAGAUUGGUGAGCCAAACAGUUGAGCACUCUAAACGUUUUCAGUUCAGGCCUUUUACAAAAGAUACGGAAUCCUGAAGGAGAAUGCGAGUUCGGAAGAAGUGGAAGAGGCCGGCAAAUGGACAGACAUGAAGGAGGCGUUCGCGAAAGUGAUCCGACAAUAGCGAUUCGCGAAUCGAAUACGAUGUUUGCAAUUCAGAGUAAAAUGCAAUUCCUCAACGUGUUCACCAUCUUCUUCGUCACCUUAUCGCUGUUUCCCAACGUUUGUAUGUACGUGCGCGAUCCGUUGAAGGGCGAAACGUACGGUUUUCCGUUGCCAGGUGACUGACAAUAGUCUAACUUUUCGAUAUUAUCAUUCAGAACAGUACUUUAUGGACGUCACCACUUUUCUCAACUUUAACUUUUUCGCUUUUCUUGGAAGUCUCCUAGCCAACUGGUUUCGUUUUGUGAGUUCCCACCCCCCCUUUUUGUCUCCUUCAACUACAGUAACCCCUCAGUUUUCCAGCCGGGACCCAACACCCUCUGGCUGUUCGUGUUCGCCCGUUUCUGGUUCCUUUUCUACUUCCCCGCCGCCAACUAUCUGCCGAUGGACUAUCCACGUGUCUACCCGGUCCUCUUCUCAUCCACAUGGCUUUUCUGCCUCAACGUUUGCGUCUUUGCCCUGACCAGCGGAUAUUUGAGCUCUCUGGCGAUGAUGUACGCGCCGAGGCCCGUGAAAUUUGUCGCUGUUUGUCAACCGACGAAAAACAAAUGUCUUCAGAUCGCAUGAGAAUCCGAAAAUGCAACGGAUGGCCGGCAUGAUCGCCUCGUUCUUUCUGAUCUUUGGAAUUGUCGUCGGACUCGUCUUCUCGUGGCAAAUUCGCCUUUUUGUCACCGGCUACGCAUGA